AUGUGGAGAGAACCGUGUGGGGAUGAGUUCGAAAACCUGUGCGCGUUGGAGGAACGGGCGGAAAAGGAGUUGUCCGUUUUGGAAAAGCUAAUUGAAACGACAAAGGGGAACAUAGAACAACUGAACGAUUAUAUAGACAGAAAGUACAACGAAAUAAAAACGCUGGCAAGUAAGAAGCCAACAAGAAUAAAUUGGGAAAAGGCACAAGGGAGAACCCACAUGUCGAUGUUUUACCAAAAGGAAUAUGGGUUCGCUCCAUCGAAUGAAGACGCAUUAAAAAUUACUGAAUUUCAAAUGAGUGUAUCAAAUUAUCGAAAAAAAUAUGAGUACAAAAAAAGCGAAUGGACGAAAAGGGAAAUUGAACUUCUCUUCCACGUGGUGGAGAAAACGUCCAAAAGGUAUGCCAUUCGAUAUUUAAUCGAUCCAAACUUACCCUACGAUGUGAAGGUGCAAAAGAGGAAGGAGAUCGAAGAGUGUAAGGACGUCAAAAUUUUACUGUCAAAAAUUAAAUUACAUUUUGAUGCGUUUCAGAAGUUACCCACAGGAGGGGAGGGAGGUACAGAUUUGACGUCUGGGUCACCUCCAGAUGGUAUAACAAAUUUUGCCGAAUUUUCAAACAACUUUUGGAACGAAGUGGCGACUAAUUUAACCAACACGCAGACGGGCAGGGAAUGCCAAAAGACGUGGCUCUACCACUGCUGUUUUGAAGAUCCCAAACAAAAAAAAUGGAACCAGGAAGAGAAAGAAAAACUGUUAAGCUUAUGCAAAAAGUAUGAAAAAAGAGAGUGGACUAAUAUAGCUAGAGAAUUAAACACAAAUAGAAGUCCCCUCUCCUGUUUUAUGGAAUUCAUAAGGUUAACAAAAAUGUAUGAACAGGGUGAUGAAAAAGUCAAAUUAGAAAGAAUAGGGUUUAACCUUCUGGAGGAUAUACAACUGCAAAUAUUGGUGUCCAUCCUGGGGGAUAAGAAUUGGAAUGAAGUAAAACUCCACAUGGAAAAUCUCAACUCCAAUGACAGGCGCAUUCAAAAGAGGAAGGGAUUCAACCCUUGUGGGGGGGAGAAAGACAAACGGGUGAAGAAAAAACUCAGUGACGAAAUAUCCUACAAGAGGAGGUAUCUGCGUUUGGUUCGGGGGCGACGCGACGUGCACUGA